UUUCAAAACGAGGAAUUCGCGUCAGAACGCAAGGAAGAGGGAAAGGUCUUGUACAUUGGAAGAGUUGUUGUUUUUACAGUACUUAUUGUGAUCUUUUUUUAGUUUUUGCAAUGGGGAAAGCGGAUUUCUUAACCCCUAAAGCGAUCGCGAACAGAAUCAAAGCCAAAGGCCUUCAGAAGCUGCGCUGGUAUUGUCAGAUGUGUCAGAAACAAUGUAGAGAUGAAAAUGGGUUUAAAUGUCACUGCAUGUCUGAGUCUCAUCAGAGACAGCUGCUGUUAGCUUCUGAGAACCCUAACCAGUUCUUAAGCUACUUCUCAGACGAGUUCAAAACUGACUUCUUAGAACUGCUCCGUAGACGUUUUGGGACCAAACGAGUUCACAAUAACAUUGUGUAUAACGAGUACAUCAGUCAUCGAGAACACGUUCAUAUGAAUGCUACACAGUGGGAGACCCUCACCGACUUCACCAAAUGGCUUGGAAGAGAAGGUUUUUGCAAAGUGGACGAGACGCCCAAAGGCUGGUACGUUCAGUACAUUGAUCGUGAUCCAGAGACGAUUCGCAGGCAAGAGGAGUUAGAGAAGAAGAAGAAACAGGACUUGGAUGAUGAAGAAAGGAGCGCCAAGUUCAUCGAAGAACAAGUUCGCCGUGGUCGGAAGGGCAAGGAGCCAACGGAGGAACCAGUAUUCACAGAACUUCAGCGAAAGAGUGAGGAUGAGAAAGUGGCUUUUAACCUGGAGAUUGCUGCAGCUGGACCGUCCAAACCAAGCACCACUUUAGGUCCUAGUGCCCUCAAAACUACAGCAUCUGUCAAAAGGAAAGAGUCUUCCCUCAGCGGAGAGUUUAAGGACAAGAAAAAGAAAUCUGCUCUGGACGAGAUCAUGGAGAUGGAGGAACAAAAGAAGAAAUCAGUAAGAUCAGAUAACUGGAUUCAAGAGAACAUUGUAGUGAAAGUGGUAACAAAGAAACUAGGAGAGAAGUAUUACAAGAAGAAAGCUAUCAUUCGGGAGCUUCAGGGUAAAUACACAGCUGUGGUGAAGAUGGUGGACUCAGGAGAUAAACUCAAACUGGACCAGAGUCAUGUGGAGACGGUCAUUCCAGCUCCUGGUAAACGAGUUUUGAUCCUUAAUGGUCAAUAUAGGGGCACAGAGGCCAUACUGGAAGGCAUAAAUGAGCACAAAUUCUCCGCCACACUCACUUUAGACUCGGGUCGUAUGAAAGGAAAGACAGUGGAGGGAAUUGCAUAUGAGGAUUUCUCCAAACUAGCCUGAAGUUCAUUUUCAUCUGCAGAGCACCUCUACUGUGUCAGAGAGCUGAUAAUAAUAGUACAAGACUCAGACUAAUGGAACAAAGUGACCAAUGGGUUUUUAUUGUGUUGUUGUGCAUUGUUAUUUUUUGUUGUCAGUGACAAUGGUUGCAUUUGAUUAAAUCAGAAUUACUCCAGUAAUUCCACAGUAAAGUGUUGUUAAUAUUGUCAAUCUGGAUUGCUUUCAUUAUUAAUAAAAUUUAGUCUAUUCAUGUACAGCUCUACAUAUUCAUGUUUUGUACAUAUUUCUUGUAUAGUAUUAAAAACUUUCUUUUUUUUAA